AUGAUUACGUAAACACAAUAAGAAUUACUCAACGAGCUUACUAAAUCAGAGGAAAUUAUGCAGAAUUCUCUCAUCUACGAGUCUACAGCUUCAUAGAGAAGAUUCAGAUCAUCUAUGGAUGAUGUGCCUAUCGUAGACGUUGAGAAGUAUUUAAACAAACAGCCAGGCUGGGAAGUAGAGUGCGAAAAAGUUGCUGAUAGUCUGCAUAAGUAUGGCAUCUUGAUCUUCAAAGACCCAAGAGCACAUGAACAAGAAAAUGAAGACUAUAUUGAGUUAAUGGAAAAAUAUUUCGAAAAGACAUCGAAGAUCUACUACGAUGGACAAAAAUUAUCUGAUGCAAAGCCUGAAUAUGCUUACCAGACAGGUGUGACCCCAGAGUAAAUCGAAAAAGCAAGAAAUCAUUAUGAAAAGGUCAAGCAUUUGCCAGCUGAGGAUCAGCCAAGAUCAAAGUUUCCACCUACUUACGAUAUGAAGUGGAGAUAUAUGUGGAAAAUCGGUGAGAGACCACCAGGUGCAUUUGAUGAGUGCCCACAAGUAGUCCCGGAGGGAUUCCCUGAUUGGGAGGAUAAAAUGACAACCUGGGGAGAAAAACUUCUUAAUGCUACCUUCACUGCUGCAGAGAUGGCUGCCUAGGGAAUGAAACUAGAUGUAGAUACUUUUUCAAGCAGAAUGAAAGGAGGAGCUCAUUUGCUCGCUCCCACUGGAUCAGACCUUAAGCGUUAUGACAUCGGAACUACUCUAGCUGGAUUCCACUACGAUAUUGCUCUCUUAACUUGCCAUGGCAAAUCCAGAUACCCAGGCUUAUAUAUUUGGCUGAGAGAUUGGACCAAAGUUGCAGUAAAAAUUCCAAAGGGUUGCCUCUUGAUUCAAGCUGGCUCUACCUUUGAGCACAUCACUGGUGGCUACGUCCUUGCUGGCUACCAUGAGGUUAUCUAUAGUGAGGAGACUAAGGCAGCUGCCUUGAAGACCUAAUAAGAAAUCGAUUCAGGCAAGGAUAAAAUCCUCUGGAGAGUAUCAUCUACAUUAUUUAGUCACAUGAGAUUUGACACAGACAUCUCUCCGAUGGCUGAGCUGUCUCACUUGUACGACAUUGAACAGGCAAAAAAAUACAGGAAAAUAACUGCCUAUGAGAAGUUAAUGGAGGAACUUUCAGCCACUUCUAUGAUAGCCAUGUGA